UUAAUUAACCCUUCUUUUUAUUCAUUCUAUAACAACAACAACAAAUCAACCAACCAAAGUCUCUUCUUCUUCCUCUUCUCUCUCAAACCACCACAAAACAGAGAACAUAUUAUACAACAACCUAAAAACACUAUGAUAACGAGAAAGAGUCUAAGGCUUAGAAGCAUCACUAUGACGAUUUUAGUAUCAAUUCUUGUCUGGUCGGCAACGCUAGAAACCUGCAUUGCCAGAAGAGGAAGACAUUUGAGACACCACCAUAGCAGUUCCUCUUCCUUGUCUGAUUCCUUGUCCAGCAAGAAACCAAAAGGCCAUGAGAACAAUAGCCAUUCACAUAAGUCAAAACCAAAACCAAAACCGAAGAUGAAAAGUCCGCCGCCAAAAUCCGAUGCCGGUUCACCUGUCGUGUCACAGCCGCCACAAGUUCAACAACCACCACCACAUGUCCAACCCCCACCACCAUCACCUCUUCCGCUGCAGCCUGUUGAGGACUCUCAACAAUUCAAUGUGCUUGAUUUUGGAGCUAAGGGUGAUGGCAUGAGUGAUGACACUCAGGCGUUUGAAGCAGCAUGGGCAUCUGCCUGCAAAGUAGAGGCAUCAACGAUGGUCAUACCGCCUGACUACAUCUUCCUCGUUGGACCAAUAUCCUUCUCGGGUCCUUAUUGUCAAGCAAACAUUGUAUUCCAACUGGAUGGGAUGAUUGUAGCUCCUACGGAUACUAAAUCAUGGGGAAGAGGGUUACUGUGGUGGAUUGAGUUCACAAAGCUUAAAGGAAUUACAAUACAAGGUAAAGGUGUUAUUGAUGGAAGAGGCACUGUUUGGUGGCAACAAGAUUACCUUACUGAUUAUCCUAUCGACGAUGACUUCAAGCUUAUUGUCCGGUUGAACAAUUCGGUCCAAGAACAUCCUCCAAUGCCGAUAAGAAGUGAGCUUAAUGGAAGAAUGCCAAGCAUUAAACCAACGGCGCUGCGGUUCUAUGGGAGUAUUGACGUGACGGUGACGGGUGUAACCAUUCAGAACAGUCCACAAUGUCACCUCAAGUUUGAUAACUGCGUCCAGGUUUUAGUUCAUGACGUGAAUGUGUCUUCUCCCGGAGACAGUCCAAACACAGAUGGGAUUCAUCUUCAGAACUCCAAAGAUGUCAUGAUUCACACCAGCACACUAGCUUGCGGAGACGAUUGUAUUUCAAUUCAAACGGGUUGCUCCAAUGUGUAUGUUCACAAUGUGAACUGUGGACCAGGACAUGGAAUCAGCAUUGGGAGCCUUGGUAAAGACAGUAGCAAAGCUUGUGUCUCCAACAUAACAGUCCGAGAUGUCGUUAUGCACAACACAAUGACUGGUGUCCGGAUCAAGACUUGGCAGGGAGGUAUAGGAUCAGUGAAAGGAAUACUUUUCUCAAACAUUCAACUCACAGAGGUUCAGCUUCCGAUAGUGAUCGAUCAGUUCUAUUGUGAUCACAGCAAAUGCAUGAACCAGACUUCAGCUGUGUCCGUGGAAGGAGUCACAUAUGAGAAGAUACGAGGCACUUACACCGUGAAGCCUGUGCAUUUUGCUUGCAGCGACAGUUUCCCUUGCAUAGACGUGCAGUUAUCAGGCAUAGAACUAAAACCAGUUCAACUACAAUACCACAUGUCCGAUCCGUUUUGCUGGAAAACAUUUGGAGAGCUCACUUCGACAACUGUUCCACCGAUCGAUUGCUUACAGAUUGGAAAGCCAGCGAGAAAUGGAGUCCAUUCAGAUCAUGAUAUUUGUUUAUGACCUGCAGGGGAAUGUAAAAUGAUUAGGAAAAAAAGUAAUAUUGUUACUUCAUACGGACUCUAUUGAUUAGUACCGUUGUGUGAAAGUGUUGUGGAGUGUUUAGAAGAUUAAGGCAGUCAGGCAGACUCUUAUCAGA